CGCCGCCGCGCCAGCCCUGGUCCGCUCGCACACGAGAACCCGCCCGCCUGCCGCAGCCCGCAGCCUGCCGCCGCCAGGUUGUGCUUCAGACUGUCAGAUAAAGCGGCGGGCCGGGCCGGUAGGGUUGUGAGCACGGCCCGGGCCGGACAUGGCGGCGCUCUACGCCUGCACCAAGUGCCACCAGCGCUUCCCCUUCGAGGCGCUGUCUCAGGGGCAGCAGCUGUGCAAGGAAUGUCGGAUUGCACACCCUGUUGUGAAGUGUACCUACUGUAGGACUGAGUACCAGCAGGAGAGUAAAACCAAUACAAUAUGCAAGAAAUGUGCUCAGAAUGUGCAGUUGUAUGGAACGCCCAAACCUUGUCAGUAUUGCAACAUAAUUGCAGCAUUUAUUGGCAACAAAUGCCAACGCUGCACAAAUUCAGAGAAGAAGUAUGGACCACCAUAUUCUUGUGAACAGUGCAAGCAGCAGUGUGCAUUUGACAGGAAAGAUGAUAGAAAGAAGGUAGAUGGGAAAUUGCUAUGCUGGCUGUGCACACUUUCAUACAAACGGGUCCUUCAGAAGACCAAAGAGCAGAGGAAGCACCUGAGCAGUUCUUCCCGUGCCAGCCACCAGGAGAAGGAGCAGUACAGUCGACUGAGUGGUGGCAGCCAUUAUAACAGCUUUUCCCCAGACCUGGCUCUGGACUCACCAGGCACUGACCACUUUGUCAUCAUUGCCCAACUGAAGGAAGAAGUAGCCACUCUAAAGAAGAUGCUGCAUCAAAAGGAUCAAAUGAUUUUAGAGAAAGAGAAGAAGAUCACAGAGCUGAAGGCUGAUUUUCAAUACCAAGAAUCUCAGAUGAGAGCCAAAAUGAACCAGAUGGAGAAAACCCACAAAGAAGUUACAGAACAAUUGCAGGCCAAAAACCGAGAGCUCCUGAAGCAGGCAGCUGCCUUGUCCAAGAGCAAGAAGUCAGAGAAGUCAGGAGCUAUAACCUCUCCAUGAGAGACCACAAGGACGCUCCUGGCAAUAGCAAUGGAUUCCUGGGUUAGGGUGGCAACGUAGCUGUUCUCUGGGAAUUGCAAGCUUUCUUAAGAAAUCUCUAUUUUACUAUAGUUAUCCUUCUUUGUGCGAUUGCAGUGGGGCUGAGUGGAAACACCUGGUUUGUGCUAUAUUAUGACUGCAUGCUUGAAUGUUUGGGGUUUCAGGCUCUCUCUCUCUCUCCCACUCUCUCUCACUCUCCCUCACUCCCCUCUCUACCCCCAACCCUCCUCUCAGUACUACUGUCUCUCUGUCUGUCUCUAUUUUGUUACUUUUUUAUGUGUGUGUGGUGUUCACUGCUCAGUGUUAUGUGCAGAAUGGUUUGGUUUUUUUUGUUUGGUCCAUCAUGGCAUCCUGCCGUACCCAUGAGCAAAUAGUUGGCAUUAAUUACAUAUCACUGCCACCCUCUGAACUUUGAAAACUGCCACCUUAAGACUUGGUACAGUGGAAGAGAAUUUUUCUCUCCAGUAAACCUUUUGCUUCAGGGUAUACUCUUGGGUUUUUUUCCAGGUGUAUUAUGUACUUUGUACUAUGUAUAGCCAGAGUUUUAUUUAUUUUUUAAAAAAAGAAACUUUUUCUUGAUAAAGGAGUAAUGGUAGCCUAGCGUGUUCUUCUUGUAAAAGUGAUGCCUCUUAAAAAAAAGUCCUACUCUCUAGCGUUUAGUUAAAGAAUCAGAUCUUUUCUUUCUUGUUACCUUGGAGUCUUAAAAACUGAUUGCUAAGGUGAAACAAUUCAAUAUAUAAGUAUGGAGUUAAGUGCCUUUUGGAGGAUUUCUUGGAAGACCAUGUAAGAAGAUACUUAAGGGAGGUAGCAAAGAUUUGGGCAGUCUGUCUUUCUAAGUAAAGGCAGAAAGAAGGGUUGUCCAGGUUGUACUGGACACUUCUCUCCCCCACCCCUUUCUUGAUUGUUUUACGUGACUGAUUUUAAAUUCUCACACUGCCACCUCUUUUUUAAAAAAUGCCCUUUACUUAUAUCAGUUGUCAUACUGGGCCAUUUUCAGGUAACUUUUUUUUUACAUGAUUAAAAAUGGGAUAAUAUUCAGACUACAGAGCAUUUUGGAGGUUAGUAUGAGCUGCUCAAGUAUGGACUGUAAGUCCUGGGAGAAUGAUAUCACUGUACCUUUUCCCCACUCCUCCUCACCCACCCCAGCCUGUACACUCCCUGCCUUUAAUGGAAAUGUGUUGAAAACAGCUGCUUCUCAAAAGCAGCUUGGCCACAGCCUGAACUGUGUCCUGUUUUCCCUUCUUGACCCAAUAGGCACAUGGAUUCUCUUUUCCAGGUGAGAGGAUAGAUUUGCAUUUCUAGCUGUACUCUCAGGUCCUCUAGAUGAUGUUUGUGAAAGGAACUAGAGAUGUGUAGUGUGCCAUGAAAUAGUAAAACCAGCUACCUUGGAAUCAUUGAUGCAGGGGGUGGUACUAGAGUUAGAGGUAAUCAUAAGGGCAGAUGACAUUUGUACCUCAGUCUACCAAAAGUGUAGCAGUAAGUUUAACUUGCUAGGCAUUUCCUAGGAGCGAAUGCUUCUAAUCUGUGAGCAUUCUCACAAGUGGAGCCAUGUACAUAAUUGGACAGAGAUGUGGCAAUGAGUGGCUUCCUUCUGGUAAGAGGAACAAUGGACCAUGUUACUUAUCUAUCACUCUAGUAGAGGAUGUAAUUUUCCCUUCUAAGCAAGGGAAAUGGCGUGCUAAACAGUUUUGUAACUUUUUGAAUGAGAAACUUUUAGGUAAAGAUAAACUGUCAGAUAAUAUUUUCAGCUGCAUUUACAUUGACUAUGGGGAAAAUAUUGUGAAAAAAGUUACAGUCAUUUUUUUUUUUAAUUUUAAAGACUUGAGAAAUUCUGUUACGUGAAGUGACAAUGUAAAAACACAUUUAGUUUUAUACUAAAUCUUUUUUUAAGGUCUUGGCAUUUAAUAUAAAGCAAAUCCACACAUUUUCUAACUUUCCACAAGUUCCAAAAAGGGAAGGAAGAAACCUCAGUCUUGAAAUUUUGGUUUUUAAAAAUCAUGACACUGUUUUACCGUGAAAUUGAGUAGCUAACUUUUGGUAACACCUUUUGUUUAUUUGUAUGUUUGUAAUAAUGGACCUUUUAAAACACAGGAAUGUUUUGGUUUGUACAGACUUUGAAAAAUGUGUGUUAAUAAAAAUUCAUAUUGACUUAAGUAUAA